CUAACACCACCCCUACUGUCAUGAUCAACAAUAAUCUAUCUGGCAAAGAUACUAUCCAGUUAAAUGUAAAUAUGGUAAAAGAUAUUAAGCAGUUGAUAUCGAACAUCCGUCCUUUCCCAAUAAUAGACCUAACAACAAAAGAUGAUUUAGUCCUCAUAGAAAACAAAGAAAUUAACUUAGCACUGCACUUGGUCCAUAACCGACCUAUCAACAUACUGCUAACGAUUAUAGGACUUCUAGCAACUAUUAAAGAACAGACUUAUAUAACCAUCAAUAUUCCAUUCGUACUAUGA